AUGGCGGCUGUGCUGUCAUCGUGUGGUUGUUUUUUACGUUUGAAAUAUGGCCCUGAUGAGUUGGAACAAUUUCAAAGAAGCAAAAAAAUUGAUAAAAUGUUGGAAGAAGACAAACAUAUUAUUCGGCGGCAAGUUAAAUUACUUCUUUUAGGAGCUGGUGAAAGUGGUAAAAGUACUUUUUUGAAGCAAAUGAAGAUUAUCCACGGUCAUAACUUUGACGAAGAAACGUUGAAAGAAUUCAAAAGUGUUGUUUAUCAGAAUAUCAUUAGAGGAAUGAAAGUAUUAGUAGAUGCAAGAGACAAGCUAGGUAUUCUGUGGGAGAAUCCAAAUAAUUCCCAGAAUGCCUAUAAUAUUUUAAGGUUUGAUAACAGCACGAACUUGGACACACAAACAUUUUUAAAUUUAGCAGGUACUGUGAAAAAACUGUGGCAAGAUAAAGGUAUUAAAACUGCUUUUGAAAGGAGGAAAGAAUUUCAAAUUGGAGAUAGUGUGUAUUACUUUUUUGAGAACCUGGAUAGAAUAAUGACACCAAACUACCUUCCUUCAAAUCAAGACAUUCUCCAUGCAAGGAAGGCCACUAAAGGAAUAAGCGAAUUUCAUGUAAAUAUCAACACCGUCCCAUUCCGUUUUGUAGAUGUUGGAGGGCAACGAUCUCAGAGACAGAAAUGGUUUCAGUGUUUUGAAAGUGUUACCUCAAUUCUGUUUUUAGUAUCAUCCACUGAAUAUGAUCAAGUACUUGUAGAAGACCGCUGUACUAAUCGUCUUGUGGAGUCAAAGCACAUCUUUGAAACCAUCGUCAACAACAGGUGUUUCUCUGAAGUGUCAGUGAUUCUCUUCCUUAACAAAACUGAUCUUCUUAAAGAAAAGUUAGAAAACAAAAAUUCUGACAUUUCAUACUAUUUUCCAGAGUUCAGUGGAGAUCCUUACAAACUGGAAGAUGUACAGAUGUUUAUCCUUAAUAUGUUUGACUCUGUUAGGAGAGAACGUAAAAAACAGCUUUUUCAUCAUUUUACUACUGCAGUGGACACAGAAAACAUUAAAGUUGUUUUUAAUGCCGUUCGAGACACAAUUUUACAGAAAAACAUUACUCAGUUGAUGCUUCAGUAAUUUUCUUCGUAAAGUCUCACCAUGGACAUACUGAGUGAAUAUUGAGUGAAUUACAGUUGAGGAUUAUCAAACUGAUAAAAAAAAUAGAGUGAAAGGGCUCAUAAUUAAAAUGUUCAUUCAGAUAUAAAAGAGUUCAUGAAUAAACUAAAAGAUAUAAUAAUUGUGAAAUGCAUAAUUUUUUUUUGUACUGUUUAGUAUAGAAAAAAAGAUAAUUGUAAAACUUUAACCAGUGACAUUUUUCAGUUUCAGAGUUGCGUGUAACACUUAUUCACUAUUGUUCAAGGAUUUUGUGUAUUUGUUUUCUCAGACAAUCUCAACUGAAACACCAAGUAAUGGGAAAAGAAAGAAACUUACAACUUAAUUUCUCACCUCGUGAACAAUUAAUAUGACCUAAACAGCUACUUUUAUAGUAAAAUGAAGAAGCACAAUAAUGAAAAUCGACAUACAAAAAUGUUAAAUACCAUUGCCACUUGAAGGAUAGGUGUUAACAGGUAAUAUCAGUGACAAACUACACACACACACACAUACGUAUAUAUAAAGUUAUUUACGAUUUGUUUAUUAUGCAAGUGGUGGUUGUUUUUAAGGUAUCGUACAUCUGUAGAGGCAAAGAAUUUCUUAUGUAUAAUGAACCCUAAGUUAAUCUAUACAGAAGAAGAACUGCACAUGAACCUGUACAAAAACCCGUGGAUAACCAUGAUACCACCAUGUAAUGCUAAACAACUGCUUGUAUUUUUGCUUGAUGUUAACCUGUAUUGGAAUUUUUGCACUUGUUUGAAAUUUACACUAACACUACUAAGGAUGUACACAUCUGAUACUUAAUAUUUGUGUGGAUGUAUAUUAAUACAUACCAACAUUUCAAUGUUAUUGUGUGGUGUUUCUAUGCAACAUGAGUUAAAUAUUAAGAAAUUUUAAAAAAUGUUCAGAAUUUGUAGACAGUAUAACAAUCUACAAGGAUGAUGACUUAGGCAACAUUAUAUGAUUUUAUAAAUUGUUGAGAAGAAGCUUACAUGAGUGAUUAAAGUGAGACCUAUAAAUAUUAGAGUCUUGUAUGAGACCAACUUGGUCUGUUACAAUGAUGAACUUACACAACCUAUAUGGCAUUUUUAAAGCUCUAUUAAACUUUGUGUGAAAUAAAUUUCUAACUUUGAUAUGGUAUACUUAACUCAUUUAACAAAUGUUUGUUUUAUUAUCUAAUAUCUCCGUCUGUCUGCUUUAUUGCUGCUGUAUACUGUUCUCUAAUGAUUAGUUUGUUUUACUAUAUUGUUCAUAUUGAUAUCAUAGCAACUUACCCCUUUUGUUUUUGUUACUUUAUUAUCUAGAAAAUUGGAUGAUUUUGAACCUUGCGGAAGUUCAUAUUUCAAGAGUACUGCCAAAACUAUUGCAAGGCUUUAUGAAAAUUAAUUAAUGUUCUAAUCUUUGUGAAUCCAAUAUCUUCAAUUUAAUAUUAAUCCUUCUACCACAUGUACAUGUUUAUUUUGAUCAGUAUUAGUUUUACCACAGCUCAGUUUUCAUGGUAUGAUAAAUUGUUUUAUGUGUUAUUCUCGCAAGUAUGUGGAAUUUGAAUAUCUAACUUUAAAUACAUAAAUUGAAAGGUAAUACACUUUGAAUAAUGAGCUAUUGUACUUUUUAUUUGGCUAAUUUGCAUUUCGUAUUUCAUAAAAUUUAGUUUCAUAU